CAUCAAUAUUGGGUUAUGACACAGACGCAAAUCUCUUGACUGGGUCUAGUAAGCGCUCCCGCUGGCAUCUGACCACAUCGUGGCUCGCUUUGAGGGUGGGGCGAACGAGCCGCAUCAAUACUUCGCCACAACCAACUCCAUCUCCUUCUCAACGCAGUUCGAGACAAUAAAACGUCGAGUUGACCCGCCUCAUCAACGUCUUGAAACAGGCAGUGCCUUUACUUGAGACUUCAUCACAUUCUCAUUCUAUUGGCGCCGGCGUUUAGCUUUCCUUUGUGUCUUCCUUCAUUUAGUUUGCAUCACCACCCCGUCGUCAUUAUUCCGCUUCCUCCGCAGACAGCCGCAACUUCAACAUCACCCACCAUGAUGUCUCUUAAGAGUCAGAAGGAUGGCUCCCCACAGACCCGUAAACAGGCUGUGGCGGAGCCGUCCUCUUCGCGCAUCGUACCGAAGCCUGUGCCAGAGUCGCAGGCCCAGGACCCAAGGCGGUAUCAGAUCGAGCAGCUGCGUCGACGAUACUCGCCCAAAGAGUCCAACGCUCCCAAUGGAGCGACCUCGUUCGUCUUCAAACUGGCGCCCUCUGACCCGGAUUUUCCGUUUGAGCUGGCCCACCUUGAUUGCGACAUCCGCGUUCCGUGGGAAUACCCGGAGGAGAAGCCGGUUCUGUUCGUGAAGAACAAGGAUAUCCCGAGAGGGUUCGGCAUCAACAUCGAGAGGGGCUGGGAAAAGCUGGUGGAGGAGCGACCCGGAGCCACACUACUGGCCCUCACCCGAGAGCUGGACAAGAACCUGGAAACGUUCCUGUCUGAGCAGAAGGUCGAUACGGUCAAGCUCGUGAGUUUCAAGGACACGAGACAUUUGGACGCACAAGCUGCGGAGGAAACCACUGCUUCAGUUGCGCCAACUCAGCCAGCUCAGCCAGUCAAACCAGCGCCAUUGGCAUAUGUCCCGGAACCUUCUUAUACCAAAGAUCAAAUUGGUGCUGCAAAGGCUAGGCGAGCUACGGAGGUGCGCCAGCUUGAGGCACGAAUGGGGAGGAUGCCAACGUAUCGUCGAUCCCCAGAUGGCAUCGUGUAUACUCUACCCAUCGAACCGAAACGGCGGUCUGAACUACCCUCUGGAUUACAGGGAGUUCAAACGCUUCAUCUCAUCAUCCCUCUGAUCUAUCCGCUGCAGAAUCUUCGGAUCCAGCUGAACGAAGUGAACAGCGAUGAUGCCGAACCGUUGGAGGACAUCUUUUCCGAAAAGGCAGCAGAGCAGCAACAUAUGACGCUCAUGAGCCACCUGAAUUACCUUGCCCAGAAUCUUCACAAACUGGCAAAGCAGGCGCAAGCCCAGGUCCAGGCUCGGGCUCAGGCCGAAGCCGCCAAGGCUGAAGUGCUGCAAGCCACAGUGGCAACCCAGGAAGUUGAAGAAGAUGGUACUGAAAAGUCAGUGGCUUCAGGGGAGAAGAGUCACAUUCAGGUCAUCGCACGUCCUCCUGAGUGGAGUUUGGUCUACGGAGACGACGAUUCGACCGACGAAGAUACUGAUCCUGAAGAUGAGGGCCAGGGAGGUGUUGUCCUGGGUGAGGAGGACGUUGAGACAGCGCCUGUGAUUACUGAUAUCCCUGAGCGGGGAACCAUGAUGUCGUUCCCGUCCAUCGAGCUUCACGGUAUUGAGAUCAUCCAGGUCUCCAUCUUGAGCCUCAGCGUCAAAUGUGAGCGAUGUAAGACUCUCAAUGAAGCAGGAGGUCUCAAACCCGACGUGGAGAAGCCGUUGAGCUGUAAGAAGUGUGCGUCCCCUAUGGCUGUUACGUUUAGGGCACAGCUGGUUCACGAGCAUUCGUCGAGGGCUGGAUUCCUUGAUCUAUCUGGAUGUAAGGUGGCAGAUAUGCUGCCGAGCACCUUUAUUCCCACCUGUGCGCGAUGUUCUACGCCGAGUCUCGGACUCGUUUCGGUCCGGGGGGAGACGGUGACAAACGUCUGCCGGGACUGCCACGCCAAGUUUACGUUCAAGAUUCCAGAGGUCAAGUUUCUCUUCAUUACACCAGGGACACUCCCGCCGCCUAUUACGGGCCCACGACGCAAGCAGGAGAAGCUUGGUUUGCAUGCGGGAGAACCGCUGCCCAACAAAGGAGCAUGCCAGCACUACCGCAAGUCGUACCGGUGGUUCCGCUUCUCGUGCUGCAGCCGUGUACACCCGUGUGACAAGUGCCACGACGACGAUGAGGACCAUGUCAAUGAGUGGGCGAACCGCAUGAUCUGCGGGUGGUGCAGUCGGGAGCAGAACUAUGCAGUCGAGGCAUGUGGCUUCUGCGGACGGAGUGUCAUUGGAAGGAAGGGCAAAGGCUUCUGGGAGGGCGGACGGGGAACUAGAGACCAGAGAACCAUGAGCCGUAAGGACCCAAGGAAGCACAAGAGGAUUGCAGGAAGCCAGGCGGCAAAGAAGGAUUAGGGCAGCGUAUUAGCGACGGCCGCUGAUGGUGAUUGCUGAUGGCGAAAGGUCGUGGCCAUGUCCUUCGUUGGUGUACUUGUAGCUGAGAUAGAAU